AUGGAAGGGCAUACAGGACAACAAGAGGAGCUAUUUGCAGAAAUUGAUCAAAAAACAGAUGAUCAAGCAUUCAGUGAUGGUGAAGCAGCUUCCUGUACCACAGAUGGUAAUGAAAUAGUGAAUAUUGUCAUAGCAGAUCCAAUUUUGCAAGCAGACUCUAUGCCAAGAGAAUAUACAUACUCGUGGAGAAGACGAAUUCAGAAAGUUUUACCCCUGCUGAAGAUGGAUGAAUACAACAGGCACGAGUAUGAUCCAAAGGUAGUUUCAUUGGGACCUUAUCACCAUGGUAAACCAGAGCUGCAGCUAGCAGAGGAUUUCAAGCAUAUAGCCCUUGAAAUGUUUGUCUCAGGUAGUAGCAAGGACGUAGCUUAUUUCUAUAACAAGAUACUAGAAGUUGUUGACAAUGCAAGAAAUUGUUAUGUUGAUGGCUCCACGGACAAGUACAAUGAUCAUGAAUUUUCCUUAAUGAUGCUUCUUGAUGCCUGCUUUAUUAUCAACCACAUCGAGCUUAGCACAUCGGAUAGGUAUAACAAACUCAGAACCACCAGGCACCAUCUUGGAAUGUUGGCGUUAUCAACAACAGUUCGAGACAUGUUUUUACUUGAGAAUCAAAUUCCUUUUUGGAUCUUGAAACUCUUGAUCAGCUUACGAUAUGACAAGGAUGAAGGAGUAGAAUUGCUCGAGAUGUUCUUGAAUUUCACCCUCUUUGGUGAAUAUGAUAAAAAAGGUGAAAUGAGUUACAAACAUGCAGAAGAACCUCUGCAUCUUCUUGAAGCAUUUAGAACAAGACUUGUCUCACAACACAGUGAAGUCAGGAAUUUGCAUCGUACUUGCACACCUCAAUGGCUCAAAAGGAAGAAAAGUAUUUGCAAUGACCGCGCUAAUAUGAAAAGUUACAUUCACUCCUUUCGUUCGGUCACUGAUCUCAAAGCUAAGGGAAUUUACUUCAGGCCUAGCUGUACUCAUUCAUUGAAGGACAUAAAAUUCAAAUCAAGAUACUUCUAUGGCCAGCUUGAACUUCCAACUUGGUAUGUUUCUAUCUACACAAAGGCAUUCUUCUUGAACAUGAUAGCCUAUGAGAUGUGCCCAAAUACUGUUACUGAUCGUGCUGUGACAUCGUACGUAUACUUCAUGAAGUCGCUAAUCGAGAGCCCCAGGGAUGUAAAAGAACUACGCGAAAAACAGAUACUAUUCAACAUGCUUGGGAGCGAUGAGGAAGUGGCAAGAAUGUACAAGGAGAUCAAUACUUAUGGAGUGAACAAUGCGCACAUUUUCUACAAUGUGAAAGAAAAAAUUCAGGAGCACUACCAUAACAGGGCAAAAACAUGGAUAGCUGAGCUGAUACACACUUACUUUAGGAGUCCAUGGACUGCUCUAGCAUUACUUGCAGCUACUUUCUUGCUUUGCUUGACUUUUACUCAAACCUACUUUACAAUAAAUCCCAAUCCCAGAUCAUGA